CACUGCAGGCUGAUUAUUUUCAGUGUCGAUAUUGAAAUCGUUACGUUAACGCCGUCGUUAGCGGCAGGAGUAUAACCGAGCGAUUAUUGUACUGCGCGCCGAUCGUUAAACCGUGGCGGGAAAUUUGAAUCCGUCGAUAAGUUAAAGGUUGCUCUGCGGCCACCUCUAAGCUAACGAUUCGCGGCAAUCUAACCUAUAAACCGUCGAUUUGUGAAGUUCUGAGUCUCUAGUGAAGUUGUGACAGUGAGUGUUUUAUUCGAUUCUUUAUUUAUUCCUCAGUUUAUAGUACCAAUUUAUUUUAGUGACAAUGGCCUUUAUGUUUUUAUUUAAUAACCACGUUCAAAAUGUUGAUCAAAUUGUGAAUGAGGAGGAGUUGAUCACCCAGCACCGAAUCAAUCGGAAACGCUUGAGGGAUGCAUGUGAUCCUUUUGAAGUUCCUGACUCUUGUUUUCGGCAGAAUUUCCGGCUCAGUAAAGAUUGUGUCCGAGGUCUGAUUCAGAGGCUCUCGCCUCAUUUAGUGACUCAGCAUGCAAGAGCGAAUGGCUUGACACCUACUCAUAAGGUUCUUGCAUCGCUAAUAUUUUUGGCUCACGGCUCAUAUCAAAGAGGAUGCGUUGCUGAGCAUGACCUUCUUUACAUGUGCCAGGCAUCUGUAAGCAAUUCCUUACAUGAGUUUUUAAAUGCUAUGGAUGCAGAGAUCGUGCCAGCUGUGAUCAAAUUUCCACAAACAGAGGAGGCAAGGGAUGCAGUGAAGCUUGGGUUUUACACUAAAUUUGGGUUUCCUGGCUGCAUCGGUGCCUUAGACUGCACUUUAGUCCGAAUAGUCCGUCCACAUUUGAACGAAGAACAAUUUUGGAGCCAUAAGGGGUACCACUGUAUGAAUGUUCAAUUGGUGUGUGACAGCAACUUGAUGAUUCUCGCUGUGAAUCCACGCCAUGGAGGCAGAACCCACGAUGCGUUUAUUUGGAGAUUUUCUACACUACAGCAAGAGCUACGUCGUGUUGUUACAGUUGAAGGCGAAGAAUACUGUUGGCUCAUCGGUGACAGCGGCUACCCUUUGCAACCCUGGUUGCUGGUUCCAAUUGUCGGUGCAGACCCCGAUUCUCCAGAGGGACGUUACACGGCUGCACACAUUUUAGCACGGAACUGUGUGGAAAGGGUCAACGGUGUAAUUAAGAACAAAUGGCGCUGUAUCCUUGGAGCUAGAGCUCUUCACUAUGAUCCUGACACAGUGCGCCAAAUUAUCCGCACAGUUUGUGCAUUGCACAACAUUGGAAUGAUGGCUGUACCUGAAUUUUUAAAUGAGCACAUGGACUUUAUCAUUCCUCCGAAUAUUCACGUCAAUGCUAACCCAGUAAUAGAAGCUGCCAUAGGUGAAACUGUUCUCCAGGAAGUAAUCGAAAAUCAUUUUUCAUAAGGUUUAUUUUUCACUUUGUUUUUAAUGUAUAGGUCACCUCAGCAAUAUAAUUCAUAUUGCUACAUUACCCAAUUCUAUGUAACUUUCAAAACUUUUUUGGCUAUGUACAAACAGACUGGCCAUGCCAUCGAAUAAAAAAAGUUCACACUUUUUAUCUCAUGUUGCUUUCUCAGGAAUGAUUAAGUACCUACUUCUUAAAAUACAAAAUUAAAUAUUGUUGCAUUUUUCUUGUCAAUCGGAGCGAGCUAGGUUCUUCGGUUUCAAUUUUUGAAAUAAAACUGCCUACCUGAGACUUUUUAUUGUCUUCUUUGACUUCCUAAAACGAAGAAAACAUUUCUCCAUGCAUUUUUCUGCUCCCACGCCAAAAAAAGAAGAAAAAAAAAAUUUAAUUCUACAUUCAAUUCUGAUACAAUAUUAUGUACAUCAGGUUUGAAACUAAGCAAACAUUCUAUUUGAAGAGAGCAAAAGUAGUUUUGUUUGUUUCUUCAAAAACUCCAUUUAUGUAUGUUGUCCUCCAAUCCCUUCAAUAUUGCGAAUCAUUGGAUAGAAAGUUGGAACUUUUAUCUACUUUAGAUCUCCUACUUCUGCAGCUUUCAACUCAAUGUCGAAUUUGAAGUUAGUUUUCUGUCUGUUUGCCGUAGCGAAUUUCUACCCUAAAUUUCUUUGCCUUAAUAAGUAGGUUGCUUUUUAAGUGCUAUUGUUAAGUGUUUAGUCGGUAAGUGGUAAAUCGGAUCAAAAAAUCUCCUUGAUUUACAGAAAAUCAAACUGAAAAUUGCUUUAUCUGCUGAAAUAAACUUGCCAUAAGUAACAUUGAAAAUAAA